AUGGCAAAGAUCAAUGAGAAUCCUAUUAUUUUUGCAUUAUCAAAUCCAACAAAUAAAGCUGAAUGCACUGCAGAAGAUGCUUACCGUUGCACCAGUGGCAAGGUACUGUUUGCAAGUGGAAGCCCAUUCUCAAAUGUGAACUAUAAUGGAAAAAUUUUUAAGCCGGGUCAAGGAAACAAUGCUUACAUCUUCCCAGGAGUUGCUCUUGGAGCCAUUCUUUUCAACAUACGCCAUAUCGAUGAUGAAACGUUUUUAAUCGCAGCUCAUGAAGUCGCAAACUGUGUAACAGAGAAGGAUUUCAAAGUAGGCCGUUUGUAUCCAAGACUAAACCGUAUUCGCGAAGUAUCAGUGAAAAUAGCUGUUGCGAUUGGCGAAUAUGCAUAUGAGAUAGGUAUGGCUGGGCUUUAUCCAAAACCAGAAAACAUGAAGCAGUUUGUGCUUUCUCAGAUUUAUCAAACCACUUACGAUGAACUCAUUGAUGUCACCUAUGAUUGGCCAGCUCAUGAUAUGAAGCAUGGCUUUCCGGUACCAGUUUCACGUCGAGAAAGUGUUGAUGAUCCCGCUUCAAUUCGAAACAUUGCAAAGUCUGCAGUAUUGAAACAGAAACAUCCAAAUUCAGCAGAUGAUGAGACGAUUCCUGAGUGGUGCCAUUCCAAAAAUGAUAUUAAAUUAUACAUGCUUUACCGGCAUGAACGUGAAACCCCUAAAAAACAUGGAUUUGAAAUUUUGAAAGAUAGCCGUUUUUGUAAGGGAAUGGCAUUUUCUUUAUAUGAACGUCAACACCUUGGAAUACACGGUUUACUACCACCUGCAAUUAUGACUGAAGAUCAGCAAGCUUAUCGAGCUAUUCUCAAUCUUCGAAAACAGCCAAAUGAUUUGGCUAGAUAUGUACAACUUGAUUCUUUACAGGAACGUGAUGAGAAAUUAUAUUACCGAGUGAUUUGCAAUCAUGUAAAAGAACUUCUACCAAUUGUUUAUACGCCAACAGUUGGCUUAGCAUGCCAAAAAUAUGGCUUCAUUUACCGGAGACCAAAAGGUUUGUAUAUAACAAUCCAUGACAAUAGCAUAAGCAAAAUUUAUCACAUUUUGUCCAAUUGGCCUGAAGCAGAUGUUCGAGUUAUGGUGGUAACAGAUGGUGAGCGAAUUUUGGGUCUUGGCGAUCUUGGAUGUUACGGAAUGGGAAUACCAGUGGGUAAAUUAGCUCUCUAUGUUGCUCUGGCUGGUGUACUACCAAAAUGGUGCCUACCAGUUGUUCUUGACGUUGGAACUGACAAUGAAACUUUACUGAAGGAUCCAUUAUAUAUUGGAUUACGCCGAAAACGUGUGCGUGGUGAAGAUUACGAUGAGUUCAUUGACAAUUUCAUGAAAGCAUGCACUAAAAAAUUUGGUCAGAAACUGCUGAUUCAUUUUGAAGACUUUGCUCGACAGAAUGCUUAUCGUCUCUUAGAUCGAUACCGAGAAAAAUAUUGUGUUUUCAACGAUGAUAUACAAGGAACUGCUGCUGCUGUGUUAGCUGGACUUUUAGCAUGUCGCCAACACACUGGGCGACCAUUAUCUGCCGAGAAGUUUAUUUUUUUGGGCGCGGGAGCAGCAGCAAUGGGUAUUACGGAACUGUGCAUAUCUCACAUGGAAACAGAAGGUGUCAAACGUAAAAAAGCCCGAUCACAUAUCUAUUUGGUGGAUAUCAAUGGGUUGAUUACCAAAAAUCGUCUCCAUAUGGAAAAGCAACACGUUCCAUACGCUAAGGAUAUGCCAGAAAUCACAAAUUUGCUAGAACUAAUCAAACUGAUCAAACCAACGGCUCUAAUUGGAACUUCAACCACUGGAGGCGCAUUCAACGAAGAAAUAGUUCGUACGAUGGCAGAAUUUAAUCAAAAACCGAUUAUUUUUGCUUUGUCAAAUCCAACGAAGAAAGCGGAAUGUACAGCAGAACAAGCAAUUAAGUGGACUGACGGUAGAGUACUGUUUGCAAGCGGUAGUCCUUUCGAGAAUGUAAAAUAUAAUGGAAAAUUAUUCAAGCCUGGCCAGGGAAAUAAUUCUUAUAUAUAUCCUGCAGUGGGAAUGGCGGCUAUUUUAUUUCAAAUACGACAUAUUGAUGAUAACAUGUUUCUCAUUGCUGCUCAGGAGGUAGCAAAAUCUGUUAGCAGUGAUGAUUAUCAAUGUAGGCGCUUGUAUCCAAGUUUUAGUCGCAUUCGAGAAGUUUCCUUGAAAAUAAUUAUAGCCCUCGGAAAAUACAGCUAUGAAAAAAAUAUGGCAUCACUUUAUCCAAAACCAGAAAAUGUUGAAAACUUUGUACGCAGUCAAAUGUAUAACACAAAUUACGAUAAAAUAGUAGACUAUCGUUACGACUGGCCUGAACAGGAUAUGGUGCAAGGCUAUCCGGUUCCUAAUGACUAA